AUGCUCCCUGCUUGGGCCUCACCGAUCUCUCUCUCUCCUGGAUUUCUAAAACAUUCUUGUGUGCUCGUGUUCUUUAUGGACUGCUUCUUAGAUGCCCAGAAUUUGUUCUUCAUGGUCCAAAGAAGUGCAGAAGAUCCUUCAAUUUUGGUGGCAACUUAUGAAGGAGAGCACAACCACUUGCACCUUUCAAAGCCACAAUUUUCUUUAGGCUCGAGCCAACACAGUUCAAGUAUAGCAGGUCUAGUUCCCACUGCGAACCCUGCUACUACUGUAACUCUUGACCUGAUGAAACCUGGAAUGCUACAGGAGAAUGCUAAAAAGGCAGUAAAAGAAACUGAAGCUCAAGAUGUUGGGCAGAUUUUGGUCCAACAAAUGGCUUCUUCCUUGACAAGAGAUCCAAAUUUUACAGCAGCACUUGCAGCUGCUAUCUCAGGAAGAUCAUUGAUCAACCAGACCCGGAUAGAGAAAUGGUUAAAUUAGAAGUAGUAUCAUGAAGAUUUUAUGUUCUAGUUGUGUUAAAUUAAUUAGAGAUGAUUGAUGUAUAUAGAAGUAAGAAAAGCAAUUAGGUCCUUAAAGAUUUUAAUUUGUUCUUUUUAAAAGCAAUAUUUUAAAUAUCGUUGAAAAAUUAGUUUAAUUA